CACGGGGUCAGUUCGCUCGAAAAUGCAGCAGGAAGCUGGGGUCCAGUGUUCUGGUCGAGUUCUUGUUGAGUGUUGCAUUGUUCGCGACGUCGGAUCUCAGGGUCAGGCGUGCUCUUCGGAGGAUGGUCAUGGUGGAGCACGGAGGGGAAGCUGGGACGAGUGUGCGGGGGAUGUGUUGUGUGGAGUGGCUCGUUCGGGCCCUUAUCGCGAAGCCAGCCGCAUCAUUUGGCGUCUGCUUCUCUCCAUGCCGCGGUCGUGGUUGUGAACGCCCCCCUUUUGUCAAUAGCGAGAAGAGCACACUGCUUUGUGGACCAUGGCAGUCUGCGGAUACGAGCGAGAAGGCGAUAACGAGCCCGACUCAGAGGAGAAGGCGAACGCCCGAUAAAGUGUUGUUGCACUGAGAGUGUACCGCAGAGAGACAGCUGAGCUGAUGAGGUACGAGAUCGUGCAGAAGCUUGGCCGCGGGGCCUACGGGAUCGUCUGGAAGGCAAUCGACAAGAAGACCAGAGAGGUGGUGGCGCUGAAGAAGUGCUUCGAUGCGUUCCAGAAUGCGACGGACGCGCAGCGGACCUUCCGUGAAAUCAUGUUUUUGCAGGAGCUGAAUGGCCACGAGAACAUCGUCAAACUGCUGAACGUGCUGAAGGCCGACAACGACCAGGACAUCUAUCUCGUCACCGACUACAUGGAGUCAGACCUCCAUGCCGUCAUUCGGGCUAACAUCCUGGAGGACAUCCACAAGACGUACAUCAUCCACCAGCUUCUCCGGUCGCUGCGGUACAUGCACUCUGGACAGAUGCUGCACCGCGACAUCAAGCCGUCGAACAUACUGCUCAACUCGGACUGCCAGGUGAAGGUCUGCGAUUUUGGCCUCGCCAGGAGCGUCCUGCACCGUGGGGACAACGCGCCGAACCCAGUGCUCACCGACUACGUCGCGACCCGCUGGUACCGUGCCCCCGAGAUUCUCCUGGGCUCCACGUCGUAUACCAAGGGCGUCGACCUCUGGAGCGUCGGCUGCAUCCUCGGUGAGCUGAUGUCUGGGAAGCCGGUGUUCCCAGGCACCUCCACCAUGAACCAGCUGGACAGGAUCAUGGAGGUGACAGGGCGGCCGGCGUCGGAGGACGUGGAGGCGAUCAGGUCGCCCUUCGCGGCCACCAUGCUGGAGUCCCUGCCGAUGUCCAGGCCGAGGCCCUUCAGCCAGCUGUUCCCCAACGCCAGCGUCGAGGCUCUGGACAUGGUCCGGCUGUACCUGAUGUUCAACCCGGACAAGCGGAUCUCCGCGAAGGACGCCCUGCAGCACCCGUACUGCGUCCAGUUCUACUGCGAGGAGGAGAACGAGGUCGGGAGGGAGAUCAGGAUCCCCCUCGACGACAACGUCAAGCUCACCGUGCAGGACUACCGAGAGCGCCUGUACAGCUCGGACGAGGAGGAGGAGCGCCGCCGGCACGUCGGGGGCCUCGAGGCCCAGGAGCUGACCUAGGCGUCCCCCGUGCACCCGCGUGCGCCAGGCCAGCGGGCGCGCUCGCAGCACCAGGGCCCGCGGGCUGCUCAGGC